ACACCCGCUUGCCGGAUGACAGCAGACUCCCGUCACGUGGUCAGGCCCACUCCAAUGGGCGGUGCCGCGGCGACCUGGAGUUCCCGGCUGCCUGUGCGGCGGCGGUGGUUGGGUGAUAAGAUGGCGGCUGUGAGUCUGCGGCUCGGCGACUUGGUGUGGGGGAAACUGGGCCGAUAUCCUCCUUGGCCGGGAAAGAUUGUUAAUCCACCUAAGGACUUGAAGAAACCACGUGGAAAGAAAUGCUUCUUUGUGAAGUUUUUUGGAACAGAAGACCACGCUUGGAUCAAAGUGGAACAGCUAAAGCCUUAUCAUGCUCACAAAGAGGAAAUGAUAAAGAUCAACAAGGGCAAACGGUUCCAGCAAGCUGUGGAUGCUGUUGAAGAGUUCCUCAGGAGAGCCAAAGGGAAAGACCAGACAUCAUCCCACACUUCUGCUGAUGAUAAGAACCGGCGUAAUUCCAGUGAGGAGAGAAGUAGGCCAAACUCAGGCGAUGAGAAACGCAAGCUUAGCCUGUCUGAAGGGAAGGUGAAGAAGAACAUGGGAGAAGGAAAGAAGAGGGUGACUUCGGGCUCUGCAGAGAGAGGCUCCAAAUGCCUCAAAAGAGCCCAAGAGCAAAGUCCCCGGAAGCGGGGUCGGCCCCCAAAGGACGAGAAGGACCUCACCAUCCCAGAAUCUAGCACUGUAAAGGGGAUGAUGGCUGGACCAAUGGCUGCAUUUAAAUGGCAGCCAACUGCAAGCGAGCCAGUCAAAGAUGCAGAUCCUCAUUUCCAUCAUUUUCUGCUGAGUCAAACAGAGAAGCCAGCUGUUUGUUACCAGGCGAUCACAAAGAAGUUGAAAGUAUGUGAAGAGGAAACUGGCUCCACCUCCAUCCAGGCCGCAGACAGCACAGCCGUGAAUGGCAGCAUCACACCCACAGACAAAAAGAUAGGAUUUUUGGGCCUUGGCUUAAUGGGAAGUGGCAUCGUCUCCAACUUGCUAAAAAUGGGUCACACAGUGACUGUUUGGAACCGGACUGCAGAGAAAUGUGAUUUGUUCAUCCAGGAGGGGGCCCGCCUAGGAAGAACCCCCGCUGAAGUUGUUUCAACUUGUGACAUCACUUUCGCCUGUGUGUCGGAUCCAAAGGCAGCCAAGGACCUGGUGCUGGGCCCCAGCGGUGUGCUGCAAGGGAUCCGCCCUGGGAAGUGCUAUGUGGACAUGUCAACGGUGGAUGCAGAUACAGUCACCGAGCUGGCCCAGGUGAUUGUAUCCAGAGGGGGCCGCUUUCUGGAAGCUCCAGUCUCAGGGAAUCAGCAGCUGUCCAAUGAUGGGAUGUUGGUAAUUUUAGCAGCAGGAGACAGGGGCUUAUAUGAGGACUGCAGCAGCUGCUUCCAGGCAAUGGGGAAGACUUCCUUCUUUUUAGGUGAAGUUGGCAAUGCAGCCAAGAUGAUGCUGAUUGUGAACAUGGUCCAAGGGAGCUUCAUGGCUACCAUCGCUGAGGGGCUGACACUGGCUCAGGUGACAGGCCAGUCACAGCAAACACUCUUGGACAUCCUCAAUCAGGGACAGUUGGCCAGUAUCUUCCUGGACCAGAAGUGCCAAAAUAUCCUACAAGGGAACUUUAAACCUGACUUCUACCUGAAAUACAUUCAGAAGGAUCUCCGCCUGGCUAUUGCACUGGGUGAUGCAGUCAACCACCCCACCCCCAUGGCAGCUGCAGCCAAUGAGGUAUACAAAAGAGCCAAGGCACUGGACCAGUCUGACAAUGAUAUGUCUGCCGUGUACAGAGCCUACAUACACUAAGCCUUGCCCACCCAUCUACCCCUCCCAUCUUCCCUCUGGCCCCUCUUCCCAGUGUGGGGUCAGGGUUCUGGGACUUAGCUCUGGACCAGUCACCUGUCUCCAUUUCCUUUUAUACAGACUUUGAAACUUGCAUCAGCACAGUAAACAGCAGCAACUCUCCUUCCCUGAGACCCUGGGCAGGGAUUUAAGGAUCUCCACAGGUGACUGUGAAGAAGCUCUUGAGCUGGGCAUUGGCCCUGCAGCAGGAGGCUGUGUAUUCUGUUUCUCUUGUGUUCUCUUUCUCUCUCUCUCUCUCUCUCUCUCUCUCUCUAUUCUGUUUCUCUUGUGUUCUCUCUCUCUCUCUCUCUCUCUCUCUCUCUGCCUCCCCCCCCCCUCUCUCUCUCUCUCUCUCUCUCACACACACACACACACACACAUUCUCUGUCUGUUUCUCUCUCGCACACCCACCCCAGGAUGCAAGCUGCCCAGAAACUGCUGCCUGGCUGUUCUUCCUCCAAGUUUGUCUCAGCCCCCUUCUGGUCAAGGAACUAGAGUUGGCAGGGAGCACAGGAGGCUGUCUCUCAACUUCCCCAGGAAAGGGGCUGUCAGAGGGUCCAUGACCCCCACUGGACCCCUGGAAGGAAAGACCCCUGAGCCAUAAUGAACCAGUAGACUCCCAAAGGAGGCACUGUGGGCCUCCAGCUGAGGAGGAUUUUCCUGUAGACACUACCAUUAUGCAGCAGCUCCCAGAACACUUCUGUGAACUGAAGAUAGACAAUGUGACCACACAGACACCUCUUCAGGGGGAGCAGAGUCCACAGGCUCUGUUCACUGGCUCAAUGGCUAGAGCCUGCUCCUCCCUGGAGGUUUUGUUUGGAUUUGCAUUCCAGCCCAUGGGAAGGGGUCUUGAGGGCACUGGGAGCAGUGGAGUGUGAGGGUGGCCACUUCCUUUUUCCGUUAGUGGCAGUCUCUAGCUGGGCCACCUGUUCAGCCUGCUCUACACAGGUCCCCUGCAUGCCCCUCUUUCCCUUUUCCUCCCAUGGAGAUAGUAUUUCUGUCCCGUCCUGUUUUGACCCAGACCCAGCCUGACCACCAAUAAUAAACAUUUCAUAGAUGAGCACUUCAUAGGCUGGGCUUUUGAGGUGGAACCUCACUUCUGCCAGUAUCAAUGUUCCAAGUCCUGGGUUUGUUGGGACAGAAGAGACUGGGCCUUAUUCUACUAACCUAACUGCUCCUCAGAGGUGGAGCCAGUCAUCCGUAGGCCCUAGCAUUUCUCCUUGGAGAGGGACCAGAGAGGCUUAAAAUGUCAAAUGAGAGGAAUCACCUGAGGUGUCUGCCUUCCUCCUCGUGAGUUUGUGUUUCCAAAGCCACAAUUUGACUUUUCCACUGGGAAGAACCUGGGAUAAAGAUCUCAGGACAUGGGCAUGGAGCAAAGAAUGCUUGUGGGAUUCUGCACAAUUGCUCAUUCACUGGGAAGCUGAACCUGUUUCUGUCUGAACACAUCCUGUCUUGGUCCUGGGUUUUGGGGGUGGGGAAGAUGCUGUAAGGAAACCGGUUAGUCAAUGUUGUCUUAAUAUUGUUGACAAUUCUGUAAAGUUCCUUUUUAUGACUAUUUCUGUUUAAGCUAUUUCACCUUUCGUUUUGAAAUCCUUCCCUUUAAGGAGAAAAUGUGACAUUGUGAAAAUGCUUGUAAGAAAGCCCCUCCUCCCUCUUUUCCUUUAAAUGACAAAUCUAGGUAAUUAAGGUUGUGAAUUUUUAUUUUCGCUUUGUUUUUAAUGAGCAUUGUCUUUCGGAAUAGGAUUGUGUGAUAAUGUUUAAAUGGCAAAAACAAAACAUGAUUUUGUGCAAUUAACAAAGCUACUGCAAGAAAAAAGAAAAAUAAAACAUUUCUUGGUACCACA